CGAACUGUACUCCCACGGCUCCUCUCCUCCUCCGCCCAGUCGUCAGUCCCCUUUCUAUCCGUCCUCGUCCUGCUGGUAACAAGAUGAAAAUGUCCGUGCCUGUUGUGCUGCUCAUUACGCUCCUAUUUGCUAUUGCCCCCCUACCUUCUGAAGCCCAUAAUGUAAAAGGUCAUCUAUUGAAAUCAAAGACGUUCCGUUCUCCGCCAAUCUUACUGGCCCCUGGAUCAGUCUCAGACAAGUACCACUAUGACAUGGACUUCCCUCAAGGUCACCUUGCCAUCAAGAGCUUUGAUGCAGAGGUUGUCGAUGAGAGCGGCGUCUCCGUCCCACUCCAUGAGACUUACCUGCAUCACUGGGUUGUGGAACCAUACUAUGCUUUGAAGAACAGUCAUAGUGCUGAUUCGGAAAAGCUUCCAAAGGCGGUACCUGGAGGGAAUGAUGGAGUGUGCUCCACACUAGGCCAGUUCUUCGGCCUUGGUUCCGAGACCCGCCGCACCGCCACAUGGGUUCCUGAUCCUUACGGGAUAGAAGUUGGCAAUCCGGAGAAGGCGCCUGAAGGUUAUGAGCAGAAAUGGUUGCUCAACAUUCAUGCCAUCGACACGAGGGGCGUAGUCGACAAACCUAGCUGCGCCGAGUGCAGGUGUGACUUCUACAACGUUACAGUUGAUGAGUUUGGGCGCACGAUCCCGAAGAACUACACAGGUGGGUUGUAUUGCUGCUAUGAUCAGACGCAGUGUGAGGUGAAACAAGGGUUCAAUGGCGAGGUGCGGAAGCUGUUCUUGCAGUACAAGGUGACGUGGCUCGACUGGACUGAUGCGGUGGUGCCUGUCAAGAUUUACAUAUUUGACGUUACCGACACCUCUCUGCUGGAUGGAACUACUGAUUCUUGCAAGAUCGAGUAUCAAGUCGAGGAAUGCACCGCGGUAAACCGAGCCAACGAUUGUUGCAUCCAUAUUAAGACUUCUAGAGCGCUCUUACCGCGUGGGGGAGAUAUCGUGUUCGGUGCUGCGCACCAGCACUCUGGUGGAAGCGGUUCUUCUUUGUAUGGCCAGGACGGACGCCUUCUAUGCGAAUCUCUUCCGACCUACGGUACAGGGCAGGAGGCAGGGAACGAGGCGAACUACAUCGUCGGCAUGUCGACAUGCUACCCUAAACCAGGCUCCAUCAAGGUCAGCGACGGCGAGGUGCUGACCGUCGUGUCCAACUACAGCAGCGACCGCCAGCACACCGGCGUUAUGGGCCUGUUCUACAUCCUCGUGGCCGAGCCGCAGCAGCCGGCUCCUGCGCCAUCCCUCUGCUUCAGUUUCCCAGCCAAAUGGUGCUUACCGGCAUGGAUCUCCAGAAACAUGUGAAUAGCAGAAUAGCAGAUGAGCAUCUAUCUAUUAAUGAGGUGCAAUACAAUUAUGCAAGUGGUGAUGCCUGAAGAAGAUGAAACAAUAUUAUAGUUAGCUUACACGGUAAGUGAUCGUGUGCAGUGCUGCAGGUUGUGUCAUUUCGAUGAGCCGUCAGUUCCUGCUGAUCUGUAAUUGAUUAUAAGUAGUAGUGUAUGAAGCUGAGUUGUAUAAAUUUCGUCAUAGCAGAAGGAGAACCUGUGACUAUGUAAUAGUACGCAAAACCUGUACAAUCUCUUGUACAAAUACUUUGUUGCGAGUUAUUAACUUAUUAUAUACGAAUACGUAUUGGUGGUGUACAUA